AUGGACUCACCUGGGUGUCAGGGUGUCCCGCAAUUCUCUAGCUUCCGACCUCCCCCUCCCUCUCCUCCGGCCACCGCUACUGGCUCAGAACAUGAACGUCACCGGAGUCGUCGCUCGGGCCACCAUCGGCGCGCAGACCGGAGAGAGUCUCCGCCCUCCCGUCGCCAUGGAAGACGUUCAGAUGGCGGUCGUGCAAAGGUGCUAGCUGAAGAAGGGGAGAAGCGCCUGAGUGGGGAAAGAAUUGACGAUGUAAACGCUGCAAACGAUGAGGCAAACAAAAGAUUUAUCUUUGACAGCCACGGCUAUCGCGACAAUACACGCUACGGCGUGGAUCGCUACGAGGUCCCUGCGUACCAUCGCGGUGGCAAUGGCUUUGUGCUUGGGCUCCCCGGACAGCGCAUUGAUUACGAAACGCGUUAUGACCAAGGUCCCCUUCUGCUUCUUCGCCCCGACUCAGGCUCCUCUGCAACCUCUGCAACCAAACCUCUCUCCGCCGAAACCCUAUCUGCUUUGUCCAUCAAUCUUCCCAUUCGCCUCCGGUCUGAUCUCAAUGCUAAUCCUGCUGCUGAGACCCAACAUUCACAAAAUUUUAUUUCAACAACAGUUCCAUCUCAAUCCGGCGUUGCGGCUACUGCCGACUUGGACGAUGAAGCACCGUCUUAUCGCUCCAUCAAGGUCCCGGCUAAGCCCGAAGAGCAAGUCACUGAGCCCUUUGAUGCAAGCACCUUCACUCGAGUUGCUAUGGAAGCUGAGAUCUUGAAUCGCAAUGCCAAGUUGAACAGCGCAGUGGCGCAACGACCUACUGAUAUCAAGGCAUGGAUCCGUCUUGCUGAGCAUCAGGGACUUGCUAUCACUGGCACGAGAUCUGGUGAUCAAAGCUCCUAUCACGAUGAUGUACAAGUUGUGGCAAGAGCCAAGCUGUACGUGUAUGAAAGAGCGAUCAAGGCUAACGCACAAAAUCCUGAACGCGAUCACCUUGUGCUGUGCCGAAUGGAAGAGGGUGCGAAAAUCUGGGACGAUGCAACGCUCGCAUCGGAAUGGGAUGGAGUCCUCCGCCACAACUCUGAGUUCAUAACUGUAUGGAUUCAGUAUCUUGACUACUGUCAGACUGAUAGUCGGGAUUUCAACUUUGAUGACUGCUUGAAGACUUAUGCCUACUGCUUGAAGAUCCAUUCAGGUGUCGGGUUUGAACCGCAGAAAACUCUCAUCAGAUCAUACUUGCUGCUCCGUUUGACCCUGUUUCUUCGAGAAUCUGGGCACGUGGAGCUAGCUGUCGGUCUAUGGCAAGCGGUGCUCGAAUUUUCAUGCUUCCGCCCAGCCAAUCUGAUUGGGAAGAAAGAAGAGGCCCUAGUGGAAUUCAAGAGGUUCUGGACACCUGGACGCAUCCGGAUCGGGGAGCCCGGUUGGCAACCCUGGAACAGUGGACAAACCUCCCGUGCUCCUGCCACAGAGCAUGUUUACACUUCUGAGGCGGAUGACCGAGACUUGUUCCCAACCUGGACGCGUGCAGAAAGGGAGCGGAUGUUCAAAAAUCGCAUGCCGUCACACGCUUUUGAUGAUUCCAAAGAGAAAGAUGCUUUCCGAGUGGUCCUCCUUGAAGAUUGUACGCAGAUACUGCCAUAUUUCUGGGACUUGAAAGAAAGCCUUGGCUCCCUUGUUGAUGGCUUCUUGUAUUUCUGCCAUUUGCCUCACUUGACGUUGCCUGCGAAUAUGCACACCAGCCGGCUGUGGACUGGCGAUAGUUUCCUGCGAAACGAAUACAUGGAUGAUCCUCGAAACACAAUCGCGGACUGGAUCACUUUCCAGAAAUAUGCCGCAACCACGACCCUUGAACCAUUUGCAUUCCCUCACCAUACCUUCGUUCACACCACUGAUACUCUUUUUGCCGACCCAAAUCUGUGGUUUUCCGCCAUGACGAAGUGGGCUGCAACCACCUCUCAUUCCUCCUGUGUGAUCGAUUCUGACUUUGUGCUCUUAACUCUCCAUUCCCUUGUCGAUGUUUUCAGAGACAGCCAAUUGGCUGAAUACGCUAUUGCAGUAACUUUCGCGUGUGACAACGCUCUGGGCAAGAAAUAUGGAAGGCGACUCUUAAAGGAGCGAUCAUCGAACCUGCGACUAUACAAUGCCGUCGCGCUCAUGUAUUGGCGAACUGGCGAUAUUGACGUUGCUCACAAUGUGUGGUCUACUGCUUUGUCUAUGAGCCAGAAUUUUGAUGCGGGCGAGCUCACUGACUCUGCACUCCUGUGGAACUCGUGGAUUUGGGAAAUGCUUCACGCUGGGCGAAAGAAUCGGGCAUUAUACCUGUUGCAGGCUAUGCCUUACCAUCGAGUUCACUUGUUGUCAUACGACACCGCCGAGGAACUCAAUAUUAAUGAAACCAAUUUUCUCAGGUGCUUGUUUGCCGAUCAGAAGACUGCCUUGAAGUUCAAGAAAAUGCAAGCAUAUGCAGCUUACGCUGACUGCUAUGCCAUCCUCCUCUAUCUCAAGGGCGAGCAACUUGAAGAAGUCCUGGAUGUCUACAAUGACGCCAUCACUUCCCUUAGAGUCCUGCGCAAGACUGAUGAUGAUUUCAGGGUUUUGGGCGGAGAAUUGCUGCACCAAGCCCGGGCCCGGAUCCUGUACCACUAUGUGGAGAGACAGAGUGGCCAAUUCAGACCUGCCGAUGUUCGUGCGCUGCUCCUGGAUAGCCUAGAAUGGUGGCCUCACAACACUAUGUUCUUGUCGCUAUUCAAAUGGAACGAGUCUCGGCUACAUAUGAGCGACCGUACCCGCGAUAUCUUCGACGUCACCAUCGGGGCGAAGCACAGGGCCGCUAAGGAUCUACAAGGGCCUGCCCCGAUCUACCGUGUACCCGUCACAACUCACCUUUUCAGCAUCUACGCUGAGAUGGGUCGCCCUCUCAUGCUUGGCUCGACCCCGCAUUCAAUCCGGGCAGCCUUCGAGCGAGCGAUCGGUGAUGGUGGCAUCCUCCCGGUCGGGCGGACUCCAACACGGAAGAGUCCCUUCGAGCUGGCAAGCUCGACCUCCGCGCAGACCAGCCUCACCAUCUGGAGGCUGUAUAUCCUCUACGAACUGUACGCAGAGUACAAUGUCGGCCGCGCACGCGCGAUCUACUUCCGGGCCCUGCGCUCCUGCCCCUGGUCGAAGGAGCUGUACCUGCUCGCCUUUGAGCACCUGCGGGCGGAUUUGACCAAUCGGCUGCCCCCCUGUCGCCUCAACCGGAAGGGGGAGGUCAACCCUUCGGGGUUCGACCCUGCAGAGCUCCGAGCUCUGUACUCGGAGAUGCUGCGCCGUGGACUGCGGGUCCACUACCAUAUGGAGGGUUCCUGCGCCGAGUAG